AUGCCGGAAACUACAACAACACCAAAUAAGACACGCGAAAUCGAAAGCAGAGCGAGAAUAAUAUCUGAUCGAAUUAGUGAAAGUAUUCGAUUACUGGACAAUGAACCAUCGUUGGCACUGUAUCGGUUACAAGAACAUACCGUUAGAAGUCUCCCUGGUAUCGUGAAUCGUCGAAUCCAGUUGACUCAACAAUCAGCAACACUUUCUGGUGCUCAAUUUGAUUUAGAGAACUGCCUCAGCACGACAACAAAUAUGCAAAAUGCCUCGUCUUCAUUCGAAAAUUGCAUCGAAAUGCUCCGUAAUUGUAUGUUCUACAAACAACAGCUGGAUUUUGAUUCGACCCGAAAAGCCACAUCAUCAGAUUCAAUGUCAACUGUAAAAGGGCGGAGCAAGUCACUUCACAACGUGGCGACACGUGUACACUCUUCAGAAGCGCCAACAACGUCUUCUAGUCAUGAUUCUUAA